CCACCCCACAGCUCCAGGGAGAAACCUGGCCGCGUUUCCCAGCCUCUUUUGCAGGGAGGUACAGCCUUGCGAUUAUGUUCCAGCCAAAGAAAUAGCAAGAACUACAAGGCAGUUUGCCUGGAAUUGAAGCCAGAGCCGACCAAAAUGUUGGAUUACAAAGCAGUCAAACAAGAAGGGCCGUUUACCAAAGCAGGAGUGACACAGGACCUAAAGAAUGAACUCAGGGAAGUGAGAGAAGAGCUCAAGGAGAAAAUGGAGGAGAUAAAACAGAUAAAGGACAUACUGGACAAAGAUUUUGAUAAACUUCAUGAAUUCGUGGAAAUUAUGAAGGAAAUGCAGAAAGAUAUGGAUGAGAAGAUGGACAUUUUAAUAAAUACACAGAAGAACACUAAGCCAAGAGGGCCAAAAGAGCAGCAGGAACUGAGGCUGAUGGCAAAGACUCACAGAGACCCGCAGCUCAGGCUCCAGAAAGUGGACGGAGCCGGUGGAGCCAAUGGAGCACCCUUUGCCCUUCACAAGAAGACGGUGGCACCUCAGAAAGCAAAACCGGGCUCCCUGGAUCCCCUGCAUCAGUGUGGGACCUGCUGCGAGAAAUGUUUGUUGUGUGUCCUAAAGAACAACUACAAUCAGGGGGAACAUUCCUUCAGAGGCCUCAGGUUUUUACAAAGGUGGAGAGGAGCCAGUGACCACCCAACCUCCUGUGGGCCAUGCUGUGCCUGCCCCAAAGUCCCAGACUGAGGGAAGGUGAAGCUUGACUGUCAGCUUGAACGACAGUUAAGAAGAUACAGAGCAGCGUUCCACAAACUGUCCUGCCCUGGGUGUGAUUCUUUGUCUUCAAUUUGAAGGAGGAGUAAUUCAUACGUGUUCAUAUUUUAUUUCACACCAGUUCCUUCUUAUUUCAUCUCUUUGCUAAGCUGGCUGCUUCUACAGUCUAAUAAAUAAUUGGCCAAGUUC